UUUGCACCACACCAGAACAUACACCCAGCAUACUCAGCAAGAGCAUAUUCAAACUGGCGAAACUCACAGAAAACCCGAUCCAGAUGGAUCCCCCUUCUCCUUCCAAAUUGGCAAUGUCGCCAGGCAUGCCUCUCUUCCCCCUGAGCCCCGAGCGCGCCGCGGGCACAAAACCGCUAUACGGUAACCCAUCCACGCCUCAAUCGCCGUCACUCCCCGACCUGCGCGCAUCCCCGCUGCGCAAGCACAGAAGAGGCGACUCCAACGUGAGCGGCCUCGCUUCGAUGUUCGAGAACCUCGGAAUUCGCGACCCUAAGGAGGCCCACGAUAAGUACAUGGAAGCCUACGAGAAGCAGAAACUGAAGCACGCGAACGAGAUCAAAGAGCUAGAAAAGAAACAUGCGGAUGCGAUUGCGCGCUUGGAGAUCCGGAACGAGGAGCUCAAGGCGGCGGCGAAGGAGGCUAAGAAGGCGGUGGAAGAUACAGUGCCUCGGGAGAUUUGGGACGAGAUGCGACAGGAGCAUCGUAAGACGAUUGGCAAGUGGGAGGCGGUUGUAAGGGAUUAUGAGGUUAAGGUUAAGACUCAAGCAGAGAAACUUCACAAAUUCCACCAGGAGAACAGCAUGCUCAAAGAGAAGGUCCAGCAGUACAGGAAGAAGAACAUGGAGUACUCAAAAGAGAUAAUGAGACAGUCGAGCCAAGUACCGACGCUGCAAACCAGGAUUCAAGGCCUGGAACGCAACGCUCGCAUCGCAGAAUCCGAUCUCAAAUUCCAAACCGCAGAAGCAGACAAAUAUAAGAAUAUGGUCUAUGGCUUGCAGGUUGACCUGGAAAGCGUCGAGAUUCGCCUGAAAGAAGAGAUUCAAACGCUCAAGGACAAACUGAAGUUGGUCGAAGGCGAGCGGGAUGCGCUGAAGACGAGUUUGAAGGAGGAAGAAGUGCUACGGAUAGCGGCUGAAGGGCGAAUCCCGCUUCCUGCAAGCACUAACGAAGACGAGCAGGACGAGUUUUCAUCGCCUGUUCGAUCUCCACGCAAGCAGCAGAGUCCUGACCGCGAGGGUGACCACGUAAACGUCGCGCCGAGAAAGCUAGCCGUGGAGCUCAAGUUUGCGCAACAGGAACUUGCUGCCGAGCGCCGACUCCGCACACGCGCGCAAGAACAAAUCGAGUUCAUGAAGAUGGAGUGCCAGUUCCGCUGCUGCUCAUGCAGGAUAGCCGACAUGAAGGGAUCGAGCUUCGUCCAUGAUGGUAGCUAUGCUGCUGAAAUGGAACACAUCAAGGCUUCUGUUCCUGAGAUGACGCCGCCACCUACUAGCCAUGGAGAGGACAUGAUGGAAGAUGUGAUCAUCAAAGACGAGCCUCUGGAGAAUGCUGCACCGUCCCUUACUCCGCCACUGUGCGAAGGAGAGAGUGCGGUCCCUGGGAAGAAAGCAGCAACACCGGAAACAAGCACUGACCUUGAUCCUGAAGACCCCGGUCAAGAACCGACUCUGACCUUCUCACCGACGUCUGGCACAUUCCGUGCGGUACCCUCACCUGCCAAAGCUGCGACAUCAGGCCUUUCUAUCGCACCCGCAACUCGUUCCAACACCUCCAUCCUGUCUCUGACCAGGGAAUCUUCUGUGUGGGCUCCCGACGCAAACAGCACCGAGAUCCAUGCUGACGACGCACGUCCGUCACUUCUACCUCCUCUAGCCGAUGAUGACUUGAAGGAGAAUCGCGGCUCCCAAGUCAAGUCAAGGCGUGGGACGCAGCAGUACGACAUCAUAUAUGAAGACGCUGUGGUUUCGGACGAUGAGAACGCGGAGCCGCAAACUCCUCUCUUUGGUCCCCCGGGCCCGGCGACGCCCGGCCAGUACAUCACACGCACGAUCACUACCACUACCACGGUUCCGCUGCACUUCUCGCCCUUCACGCCGGCUGCCAAACGUGACAACCAUCCGCUCACACCUUCAACUGUUGCCCAUGCCCCCUCGAAUAUCCAGUCAAACGCGUUAGGUGAGAUCUCGCUGAACAAGCUUCCCAUCGACCGGGAAGCCGCUCUGGAAGCGAUCAGACAGCGUCGCGGCAGGGCUAGGAGCAUGGCUGCCGGACAUGUUACGCCGAGGAAGCAGAUGAUGGAGGGAGUCAAGGAACGAAGGGAUAUCAGUGCGCCCGUUGCACGCGGACGGCGAUGAAAGCGAAGGAGCAGGAACUCCGUUGCGUAUCUUAGUACUGACGGUGAGUACAGGGGGCCAGCGAGUACAUGAUAUCCGGGCGAGGUUAUAGUACUCUAGGGACCUGGGAGGUGUUUCGAUGCAUUCUGGCAUUUCAAGGCGUUUGGGCUGGUUUCGUGAAGUGGCCUUGGAUGAGAUUGGCGCAUACGGUGUUGCAGUCGAUGCGGAUCCUGUGCUGGAAUUAUUCCUUCAUUUGCGUAUAAACAAGUUUGACUCUGU